AUGACGUGUAACGAUAAAGAUGCGAUAUUUGAUACAAUUUCACUAGAAAUUGCACAAUUUAAUUUACUACUGAAAUUUGUGAUAGCCGCAACACAACUUGAUAAGUUAUCUAAGUUGAACGAAAUUGUCAAGGGACCGUAUUUUUGCCCAAAAAGUAAAAGGGAUGAAGAAUUUCUUAUAGCAAAUAAAAAGGGAACAUUUAAACUGAUGUUGUUUAUAUAUACGGGAAUGAGUGUAGGUGCUGAAAUUUGGGUACUUUCUUAUGUGAUGAAGCGAAAAGAAAACAUAAAUUCACUUGUACCCUUCUACUUUCUACGCGACUCAACAACAUGGUCAAGUUAUAUUCUUUCAGCAUUUCUAGAAACGCAUAUCAUUUUAUGUUUGACAUUCGGCCACAUAAGCUAUGAUAUGAUUAUAGGACUCUAUUACGCACAAUCAAUGGUGCAACUGAAAAUACUGAAGUACAAUGUGGAACGUCUUUUUGACGAGUUUGAUAUAGACAGGGAAAAUACAACUAGUCUUCAAGGGAAAUAUAUAGAUAUAAAUAACCCUCAAUUGAAAGAGAAUUUUAUAUAUUAUGUGAAAAAAUAUGAAGAAAUUACAGCGGAUAAACUCUCAGUACCAUUCUUAUUUUCAAUGACUUUAACUAUCAUGUAUCAAUCUCAAGUGUUUUUGUAUUGCUAUUAUGGAAGUUUAGUUGAAUACGAGAGUCAGUCGGUGUGUACAGCCUUGUAUAAUAGCAAUUGGUUAUCAACGUCACCUUCAUUCCGUAGCAAUGUACUUAUCGCCAUGAUACGCUGGACAGUACCUAUAGAGACUCGGGUGGCGGCUGUUGUACCUUUAUCUCUGAAUACAAUGAUUUCGGUAAUGUAUCUUCAUCUUACUUCUUUAUGA